UAUAAAUGAACCUUAAAAUCACCAUUAAUUAACAAGCCUCAAUUAGUGAUAAACUUAUUAUAGCCAGUCUAGAAUAAAUACUCAUCUUUAGAGAUAAUACCUUCAAUAAGAUUGAUUGUGAUUAAUAAAUAACACUCAAAGAUGCAGUUCAGAUUUCAUAGAUUUUGAAAGAUUGUAAAUUAUUAUUCUUAUAAUAUAAGAGGGCAUCCUAAAUUAUGAAGGAGAGAUUAAUCAAUAAAUUACAACUUACUUUGAAGCUUGUGGAUUGUACAGCCAAGGUUAAGGGUAGUAUAUAAAAAGAACAUUAUAAACUAAGAAGAUCAAUAUUCCAUAAUAAGACUUCAAUAAUUGUUAUGGGAAAUACGAUUACAUUGAAUAAAAAUUUUAGAAUCAAAUCAAUUUUUUUAAAUAGGUUGAUCUCAAAGGGAACCAAGAAACUAUAGAUGAAAAUGAAUUAUUGAAUGAUGGUGUCGAGGUCAAAUAAGUGGAAAGCUGUGCAUCAAAGCCUAGAGCAUGCGCAAAUUGCACUUGUGGAAGAAAAGAGAUGGAGUAUAAUUAAUAAUGAUAUUAAUUUUAGAGAGAAAUAAGAUUAAGAAUAGUUAUUAGAAUAAUUAAAAAAUAAUUCUGUAAAAGGUUGCGGUAGUUGUUAUCUUGGAGAUGCUUUUAGAUGCGCAAAUUGCCCAUAUAGAGGUAAUGCGAAUGUGAAUUAUUUAGGAUUGCCUGCAUUCAAAGAUGGAGAAUAACUGAAAGUCUUGUAAGAUGAUGUAUUUUUAAAAGAAAAAGAGGAGACUGAUUAAAUUAAGUUGGAGAAUGGUAAAGUCAAAUUAAAGAUUUGAUAUAUGAAUG